AAAGUCAAGUGAUAGGCCAUGUGAACACUACGUUCCACCUAUCUACCUCUUUUUCUUUUCUUGUUUCUCACAGCAAGAACGCCAUUAUCAACCAUUCCCCCCAUUGGGUUUUUUGUUUCUUGUUAGAGAGUCGGCAAUGAGCUCCAUCAUGCACAACUUUCAAAGAAGCCAAGCCUUCCCUGUCUCUCAAACCCAAUCAAAAGAGCAGCCGCCAUUGCCGGCGUUACGAAGGAGGCUUUCCUCUGUGUCUCUUAAGCUACACCCUCCCACCUUUUCACCAUCAGCGUCGUCAUGGUCGUUCCCCAGAUCCAAGUCCUUUUCCAUGGGAGACUAUGCUGGUACCUCCAUCAGGAAAUGGUGGGACUGGGGAUGGUCUUGGGUUCUUUCCAGGAAACCCAUGUUCGCUCAAGACCUUGAAAUGAACGAAGAAGAAACUAGAGUUCUGGGUUGCCACAACAAAGGCAGCUGGAUGCAUGUUUUCUACAAGAUGAGAUCUGAGAUCAAGAAACUCAUGGGAUCUGACAAGGUUGGCCUCCCACAGACUUGCAGGUAUGAUUCUUUAGCCUAUUCCAAGAAUUUCGGUAAAGAAAAGAAAAUCUAUGGUUGAUCUUGGAAUGCUUGAGUUGGAGGUGUUCGAAGAAAUGUCUAAAUGGGAAUUGAUUAUCAAUUCGUUGCUUCAUGAUUCAGAUCAUCACAUCAGAGAAACUGCAGAAUUCUAUAUUCUAUAUUCUUUUUUGUUGCUUUAUCUUGUGUAUCUUGUUCUGUUCUUUCUUGGGUUUUCAGAUUUUCCUUUGUUAUCAUAAUCCAAAUGAUGAUCGGUGAA